AUGUCAGAAGCUACUAAUAAUCAGAUAAUUAAAAUUGAACCACAAGAAUAUCCAAUCGAAGACAUUAAACAGGAAAUUGAAGAAGAGUAUGAAUCGUGUUCAGAGGAUGACAAAACAUGUCUAAACAGAUUUAUGAACUUCAUAGUGAAAAUAGAAGAAGUUGAACAAGAAUUGAACUUGAAUAAACUUGAAUACUCAGUGCACAAUUAUCUCAAAAUGUCAGAAGCUGCUGAUGAUUCGAUAAUUAAAAUUGAACCAAAAGAAUAUCCAAUCGAAGAAAUUAAACAGGAAAUUGAGGAAGAGUAUGAAUCGUGUUCAGAUGACAAAACAUGUCUAAACAGAUUUAUGAACUCCAUAGUGAAAAUAGAAGAAGAAGUUGAACAGGAAUUGAACUUGAAUAAACAUAUACUAACUCACACAUGGCGACGUCAUACAUGUAAAAUAUGUGGUAAGACAUUUACAGAUUCAAGUAACAUGUAUAAACAUAUGCUCAUUCACACUGGUGAACGUCUACAUAUUUGCCAAAUAUGUGAUAAGACAUUCACGCAAUCAAGUAACUUGAAUCAACAUAUGCUAAUUCACACUGGGGUACGUCCACAUAUUUGCAAAAUAUGUGAUAAGGCAUUCACACAAUUGUUUGCCUUGAAUCAACAUAUGCUCAUUCACACUGGUGAACGUCCCCAUAUUUGCCAAAUUUGUGAUAAGACAUUCAUACAAUUGCCUCACUUGAAUAGACAUAUGCUCAUUCACACUGGAGAAUGCCCCUACAAAUGCAAAAUCUGUGAUAAGGUAUUCAAACGUCCAUAUGUCCUGAAAAGGCACAUGGUUGCUCAUACCAAUGACUAA